AUGUCUCGGUUUGCUGGAAAAGUUGCUAUUAUCACUGGCUCCUCGAACGGAAUUGGUAGAGCUGCAGCCGUGCUUUUCGCUAGAGAAGGUUCCAAAGUAACCAUUACUGGAAGAAAUUCUGAAAGGCUCGAGGAAACCAGACAACAGAUUUUGGCUGCUGGCGUUCCGGAAGGAAAUGUAAAUUUUGUUGUAGCUGAUGUGACUACGGAUGCUGGACAAGACAAGAUUCUCAGAACCACUUUGGAUAAGUUCGGAAAGAUUGACAUCCUGAUCAAUAACGCGGGUGCUGCUAUUCCAGAUUCAGAAGGAAAGACUGGUACAGCUCAGAGUAUUGAGAACUACGAUGCUACUUUGAAUCUGAACCUGAGAAGUGUCAUUGCUCUCACCAAGAAAGCAGUUCCACAUUUGACCGAGACCAAAGGAGAGAUUGUUAACAUUUCUAGCAUAGCUUCCGGAAACAGAGCUACGCCAGAAUUCCCUCACUACUCCAUCGCUAAAGCUGCUCUGGAUCAAUACACCCGUAACACUGCAAUCGAUCUAAUCCAACAUGGAAUUCGUGUUAAUUCGAUCAGUCCAGGACUUGUAGCUACUGGAUUCGGUUCAGCAAUGGGAAUGCCCGAAGAAGUCUCCAAAAAAUUCUAUUCCACAAUGGCUACAAUGAAAGAAUGUGUUCCAGCUGGAGUCAUGGGACAGCCACAGGAUAUCGCUGAAGCCAUCGCAUUUUUGGCCGACAGAAAAGCUUCUUCGUAUAUCAUUGGACAUCAAUUGGUUGUUGAUGGAGGAAGUUCUCUUGUUAUGGGACUUCAUUGCCAAGAUUUCUCUAAACUUUUGCAAUAA